GGGAGUUCCUGUGGGAAGCCGGGCUGCAAGGCAUGUUCCGCACCGGCGACUGCAUCUUCCAGCCCGCCGGCAGCGGAGGAGGAUUCAGCGCAGCCGCGGCGCCCGUGUUGGCACCGUCCUUGCCAGCAGCAAGGCAAUUACCGCCGCCGCAGCAGCAGCCGUGGCAGCAGUGGGAGCCUGGGAAGGGGCAGGAGCGGCAGGGCAAGCGCCAGCGCUGGAUGAGGGAGCGGCUCGCAGCGAUGGGGUCUCCGCUCGCACUGGCCGUGGCCGCUUGCGAUGACAGCGGCGGCAGCACCCAGGGCGGCGGCGUGAACGGCAGCGGCGGGGGCGGCAUUGGCGGCAGCGCCGGCGACGCGGUCGCUGCGUUGGACCUGCUGACAUUCACCAGGGGCGGCGCUGCGGCACAGCGCGUCGCUGCGCUGGUGGCGGCGGACUGCUCGACUGUCGCGGGGCAGCUGGGCGCCGGCUUGGAAGGGCAGGGGGCGGGCCCCCUCGUGACGCAGCAGCGGCUGGCGUGGGCAUGGGCGUCUCCGCUGACUGGCAGCGGCUGGACAAGGGCUGCGAGUUGA